CAUGAGAUUCGUGACGUGACGUGCCGCCACCCCUCCCGUGCAGCCGGAGUGCUGGGGUCCCUGCCAAGUCGGUUUGAAAAGAGCAGACAAAGGCUUUGAGCUCCGGACGCCCCUCUCUCUCUCUCUCACUCUGCCUACAAAGCCAACCUAGCUCUAUCUUUUUCUGCCCCCUUAUAUCAUGGAAAUGUUUUUUAAUAGGCGGCGUUAACGGGGAGCUGGCGUUAUUUUCACUUUCUUAUUUUGAAAUGUACGACCGUCUGGAUCCCCGCUCGGCCGAGAGAGGACGGCUUUUUGUAGGUAUAAUACAAGGAAGCGUCGUCUGAGAGAGGGAGAGAGAGGGGGAAGGAUUGACGCUUUUUCCUCCUCUCCUCCUCCUUCUUCCUUUCGCCCCCCUCUCCUCCUCUUUUUGGCGGAGAGAGGGGUUGAGGCAGGAAUAAACGCUUUUUAUUUUUUGUUUUUUUUUCUUGUUCUUUCUUUCCUUUUUUAAAUUUUUUAUUUUCUAAAUGCAUUUGAAUCCUACUGCGCAACUAGACCGGAUCACGUGGGGUUCGGAGAGAGUUGGAUCGAUUUUGCACAGUUCAAUGUGAGAAAAAAGAGAGAAACAAACAACUCCUGUUUCUUUUUUUGUGUGUGUGUGUGUUACUUCUGUGGAUAACCGGGACUGUUGAUACUUCUGCAUAAUUGCAAGAGAAGGGGUGUGUGUGAGUGGGUUCUUUUUCUUCAGCCUUGGAGGUGUGGAGUAUUAAUUCUUAUAUGCCUGGGGUUUGAAAAACAAUGGAGACGCACAUUUCGUGCCUCUUCCCGGAAAUUUUGGCCAUGAUUUUCAGCUAUCUGGACGUGAGGGACAAAGGCAGGGUGGCCCAAGUGUGCAUCGCUUGGAGGGAUGCAUCCUACCACAAGUCAGUGUGGAGGGGGGUGGAGGCCAAGUUGCACCUCCGCCGGGCCAAUCCCUCCCUGUUCCCCAGCCUCCAGGCCAGGGGCAUCCGGAGGGUCCAGAUACUGUCCCUGCGCCGCAGCCUGAGCUAUGUGAUCCAGGGAAUGCCUAACAUCGAGUCCCUCAACCUGUCCGGCUGCUACAACCUCACAGAUAACGGGCUGGGUCACGCGUUUGUGCAGGAGAUCCCAUCGCUGAGGGUUUUGAACCUGAGUCUGUGCAAGCAGAUCACAGACUCCAGUCUCGGCAGGAUAGCUCAGUACCUGAAGAACCUGGAGGUGCUGGAGCUCGGUGGCUGCAGCAACAUCACCAACACCGGGCUUCUCUUGAUAGCCUGGGGCCUCCACCGGCUCAAGAGCCUUAACCUGAGGUCCUGCAGGCAUGUCUCGGACGUGGGGAUUGGACAUUUGGCGGGCAUGACCCGCAGCGCGGCGGAGGGCUGCUUGAACCUGGAGUACCUGACUCUCCAGGACUGUCAGAAACUGACGGACCUGUCACUCAAACAUAUUUCCAAGGGGCUCACCAAGCUCCGGGUACUGAACCUGAGCUUCUGCGGGGGGAUCUCAGACGCAGGGAUGAUCCACCUCUCCCACAUGACCUCCCUGUGGAGCCUCAACCUACGCUCCUGUGACAACAUCAGUGACACGGGGACCAUGCACCUCGCCAUGGGCACCCUGAGGCUCUCUGGGCUUGACGUCUCCUUCUGCGAUAAGAUCGGGGACCAGACCCUGGCGUACAUCGCCCAGGGGCUGUACCAGCUCAAGUCCCUGUCCCUGUGCUCGUGUCACAUCUCCGACGACGGGAUAAACCGGAUGGUGAGGCAGAUGCAUGAACUGAGGACCCUGAACAUUGGACAGUGUGUGCGCAUCACGGACAAAGGGCUGGAGCUCAUAGCUGACCACCUGACCCAGCUGGCAGGCAUCGACCUGUAUGGAUGUACCAAGAUCACCAAGAGGGGACUGGAGAGGAUCACACAGCUCCCCUGCCUUAAAGUGUUGAACCUGGGACUCUGGCAGAUGACAGAGAGUGAGAAAGUGAGGUGAUUGGAAGUGUUUUUUUUUUUGUUUCUGUUCUUUUUUUUUUUUUUUUUUUGUUCUUUGG